AUGGGGAGAAUGGCUUCGGCGGCGGCGGUGGCGGUGGCCAUCGUGGCGGUGCUGUGCGCGGCGGGGGUGGUGAGGGUGAGAGGGGAGGACACCGUGGACGAGGACACGCCAGGAGCGUCCUUCAUCUUCGGCGACUCGCUGGUCGACGCCGGGAACAACAACUACCUCUCCACGCUCUCCAAGGCCGACAUGAACCCCAACGGCAUCGACUUCGCCGCCUCCGGCGGGACGCCCACCGGCCGCUUCACCAACGGCCGGACCAUCGCCGACAUCAUAGGGGAGAUGCUGGGCCAGGCGGACUACUCGCCGCCGUUCCUGGCGCCGAACACGACGGGCGGCGCGCUGCUGAACGGCGUGAACUACGCGUCCGGCGGGGCGGGGAUCCUGAACGGGACGGGGCGGGUGUUCGUGAACCGGAUCGGCAUGGACGUGCAGGUGGACUACUUCAACAUCACGCGGCGGGAGCUGGACGGGCUGCUGGGCAAGGAGAAGGCGCGAGAGUUCAUCCACAAGAAGGCCAUCUUCUCCAUCACCGUCGGCUCCAACGACUUCCUCAACAACUACCUGAUGCCGGUGCUGUCCGCCGGCACGCGCGUGGCCGAGUCGCCCGACGGCUUCAUCGACGACCUCAUCAUCCACCUCCGGGAGCAGCUCACGCGGCUGCACGCGCUGGGCGCGCGCAAGUUCGUGGUGGCCAACGUGGGGCCGCUGGGGUGCAUCCCGUACCAGAAGACGCUGAACCGGGUCAAGGACGACGAGUGCGUGAAGCUGCCCAACACGCUCGCCGCGCAGUACAACGGGCGGCUCCGCGACCUCCUCAUCGAGCUCAACGGCAACGGCGGCGGCGGCCUGCCGGGGGGCAGGUUCUUGCUGGCCAACGUGUACGACCUGGUGAUGGAGCUCAUCGCCAACCACAGGAAGUACGGCUUCUCGACGGCCAGCGUGGCCUGCUGCGGCAACGGCGGCAGGUACGCCGGGAUCGUGCCGUGCGGGCCGACGUCCAGCAUGUGCGACGACCGGGAGAACCACGUGUUCUGGGACCCGUAUCAUCCCAGCGAGAAGGCCAACGUGCUGCUCGCCAAGUACAUCGUCGACGGCGACAGCAAGUACAUCUCCCCCAUGAACCUCAGGAAGCUCUUCAAGCUCUAG